CUUUGCCAGCUACAUUCACGUAUUUUGUUCAUUCCCAAUUCCUACUUGUCAGCGUCAGGUAUUGGCAUCCCUGUCGGCGACUGUCAUUCACUGACUUUUCUCGAACUUGCACUCGGGCCUGGUCUUGUUCACUCUCAACAUGAGCCCAACCCCCGGCCAACAUAGGCUAUGACGAUCGAAGGCGGAACAUGGUCGAUUGGAGGCACAUGGGAGAAAUCCCAGACUCAGAGGACGAGGAUGGCUUCGAAAGCCAGGCAACAGACCACUCACAGACCCAGUUGAAGGAAUUACAAACCAACCAGGAUGUGGCCCCAACACCGCAGCCACAGCCUGUGAAGACUGCAGUGGGAAAGGACAUCUGGGACAUACCAUCUAGUCCUGAUCACCUCGACAAAACAGCAACCACUUCACUGGAGGUGGCGUCGCCAAAGCUAUCGGCCUCAGCCUCUUCCGACUCCCCAUUAUCAUCUCCACGUACCGACCGAUCGUCGCCCGACUUGCCGUCCGUCCGCGAGCUCUUGAACCAACCCGCUGUUCAUCAUGACGAACAGCCCCUUCGCCUCCGUUCACCUUCCGAGGUGCCACGACUGCAAACAGCCUCACCCUCUGCGAUGCCCGACUGGAAUAUGCAAACUGUCAAUCUUGAACCUACAUUGUCUUCUCGAGGGCUUUCGGAGGCACCCAUACAACCCGGACAGUCAUAUGACCAUGAUGAGCUCGACGCGGAGGCACAGGAAGCCCGGCUACUUGUUGCCCGCAAUGAAAGAUCCCUUCGGGCGCGGAAACCAGAGCAGCUCCGUCCGUACUUCACGGAAAAUAUGCGUUAUGCAAGAGAGUGGCGGCAACAUGGCCUCAACCCCUUGAGGCUUGUUAAUAACGAAAGCGAGCGUGCACAUGGCCCUCACAAGGGGCCGGAGGAUAGAGAGUCUCGGUCGGUAAGGCACGAUGCCAGUCAGCAGGCUACGACCGACGACACUGAUGAUAGCCAGAGGCCAUUGCCCGUCGUUGUCCAGGACGACCUUCCGAUCCGUGAAGAAUCAUCGUCCCCAAUGAGGACAUCGCCUUUGCACUUACAGGGGGUCAUCAGCAGUCAAGCAAGUUCCAGAGCCGAGACCGAGGGGACCAGUUUAGAUGAUGAUGAGCUUCCCACUUUGCAGCAGCUGGUUUCGCGCCGCACGCCACGAUCCGGGCUGAAGCUGCGCAGACGACAGACAUCACCGAACAGACCCUCGACAGCGAAGCGGAGACGACUGACAACCUCGAUGCACAGUCAUACACCUUCCCGAACUACGGAGUCCCCAGCCGCCACGCCAUCUCCCAAUCAAACAAAUGUCUUCGAAUUUCCCGAUGUGGUACCUGGCGAUGAGGAGCAUAGCAUACGUGGACUCGAUGAUGAAACUGAGCAAAGCAAGGUGGCGCCAGGCGAGACCGUGCACUUACUACCUCAAAACCGGCAGAGCCCGGGAAAUGCGGCCCAGGCGCGGCAACCCAGUCCUAUCAUACUUGAGGAUGAUGCAUCCAGCGCCACAGAAGGAAGUUCUGAUAGCGAUGUGCAAGUUGUGGACCAGCAUGUUCGUCGCAUUCGAGGCGUCCUUCCAGCAUCGUGGCUCCGUCUGGAUCAACUAUCUGGACGCGCCAAGAUACAGAAAAGCCUGGCACAGCGACAGGUCAAUCGCUCCCCAGAACGAGAAAAUCGCCGUGGAGUGGCUCAUCGACGUACUGUUCAGCCGGGCUCUGUUCGAGAUCAGCUGCUGUUCGAGGACUCAGACGACGAUGACUCGCAACCUCAUGCUCCGGAAACGACAGAGGACGUGUUUCCUCAUCAGACAAGAUUGGCUUUGGAAUCACGUCCCAACCCACCAGAAGCGCGUAACGUUCAUAUAGAUUCCGACGCCUCUUCAGAUAUGGAAGACAACAACGUCGACCACAUGGUACUAGGUUCAAAAAGACAAAGCAGACUGUCAGACCAGUUCCAAAAGCCGCCAAGAGUAGCAAAGAGGAGCAACACCACCGCGUCUAAACCGAGGUCGACUCCUAGGCAGCCCAGGAUCGAUGCCGUAUACAGCAAAUCGAAGACUCCUUCUGAGCCUCUCACCGCAAGGGCUCGGAGCAAGCCUCAAAAGCCCAGACGACGUCGAGCCAAGGUCGGCGCUCGCUUGAACACAUCCCAACCUUCGCUACCUCAGCUCAGUAUUCUCGAUGUGAUCGAGCCUGAUGCACCUCAGUUCCUCAAAAUUGCGGCUCGCACGGCAAAGAAACGGUCAGAUCAGGGGAGAGCUGAUCAGAGAGGAAAGUCUAUUCAAAUGGCGACCAGAUGUGAUCAAUUGGAUGCGCUGGAACUAUUGACGGACUGGAGGCGAGGGUCAAUAAAGCAACGUGGAUCUGUCACGGCAAAGAGGCGGACCUCAGUCCGAAGGCAUGAGCACCGAGCUUUGGGAGAUACUGCUCGCUCUGAGCGAGAGCGUCCAAGCAACCCUUCUACGACCAACAUUAGUUCCAAGACCGAUCGCUCAAAACGCAGGCACCGCAGUACUGAUACGCCAUCUCGACUGCGCCCUGCGCAGCUGGAAAGCAGCGAGACGGGGAUGUCAGCAGCUGCAUUCAAUGCUAGCAAGAAAAUCCUCGACCAGCUCUACCACGUUAAGCGCUUACCCCAGCCUCCCUCGACAGGCACCCUUCGCAAGUACUCAUUCCAGCCGCCGCCGAACAGGACUGAAGAAGAUGAUGCGUUACCGAGGAGUCCGAAGCCACAGUAUCAACGCCGCAGGAAACAGAAACCACAACAGAUCGAUGUCGACGAUCCCCAGUUUACCCAUGCUAGGGACCCAGUGAUCCAAGACUAUGAUCAUACAGAUCCCUCAAUAUCGGAAGGCCCCAACGUCAACCCUGCAGCGGAUGUUGAGAAACUCGAUGUGACGAACAAGCUGUCCGGUCUUGGCCCGUAUGGCACCGCCUACACUCAUCACUUUGAGUGUCUGCCACUGCCGUCGGGCGUCUAUUUCUGCCACUCGACACUUUUGGGAAAAGCAGUUAUCGAGACUGUGGUCGACUCCAACUUCAUGCCGAAGCUCAAGUUGCACAAGCCCCGGACUUUCUUCUCCAUUGGCCCUCAGACUCUGCGAUGGGGACUAUGGGAUGCACAAGUAUCAUCGGAGAUGGGCAUCGUCUUUGAUCACAUUGCCGAAUAUUUAGAAGGAGACCAAUGUCUGGAGAGUACUUCGGUUGACGCGGCACACUUUCUGGUGUCCUACGUAAGCAACUUUAUGACGCUCGAGACGGACAAGGAAACUUUUGCUGCCGUAACGCGCAUGUUGGAGUUGCUGGAGGGCUUUUCGACGAAAGUGGACGUGAUAGCGAAGUCACAAGGCUACAAACAAACGAUCCUUCGCGUGAUGGACUGUUUAUGCCUUGUGGCCUUUGUCGUCUACCUCAUAUGCCGCGGGGAUCCGAACCUCGUGGGCUAUCAGUUGACGGCUGAGGAGCGUUUAAAAGCCUCGGCAUCUGCGCUCUCGAGAGUCCUGGGCACUUCAAGUAUCAAGGAUCUCAGGAAUCGCUAUCGCUCGCUUCAGGUGACCCGGCAUGGUGCGCAGGAAUUUCAAGACGACGCGUGCGAUGCUCAUUCGUGGGUGUUGUUGAUGAGGAUACUCUUCCAUGCGAACAUACCGCGAGGCACAUUCUGGGAUAUUGUGUUCCACAACGUCGUUGGUUCCACCAUAACCUCUACCAAUGACGCGCGCAUCUUGGAAGGUGCUUGGGAGACCUUGUUCGCCCUGCUGCCUCUCACCGAAUUCAACGAUCGAGGUGUACUUGUGGCGGGACAGCGACGCAAGUCAAGCACUGAAGGAUGGACCAUUCCCCAAAGGCUGCUGAGACGUGUCUUCGAGCUGUACAAUAGUCAAACCCGGCAGGCGCCCAGCUUCAAUAGCUAUUGCCGCGCUAUACUGGCUAGAUGUCACCAUCUCAUAAGUGAAUGGGCUUGGGUACGUUGCAUCAGCAUUAUCGGUCCAAUAUUCGACUUCUUCGGAUCGCAGAAUUUGGCUCACUUGCGCAACGAGGAGUUCUAUGGAUCACCAAAAUUCCUCGAGAAUCUAGCCCAGACGCCCAAUGUGGCCAAGGUCGAACCGGAGGACCAGUGCUUCCACAUCUUCCUCAAAAUGCUGGCUCUGAGUAUUUGUCGACUCCGAGCAGGCAAGCAUACCAAGGAGAUCCGCAACAUGGUGGCGCGGACAGUGCCGAAUCACAAUCGACAGUAUAUGAAGGAGCAUCAUAUCCAUGAGCGCGAUCUGGCUGCACUGCGUAAUCACCACGAUUUGCUAUGCACCCUGUACUGGGCGGCGCCCCCGGCCGUGCGCCCUAGCGUCGCCCUGAUCGAGCGUCUUGUUCACCCUGAGAGCUCACAUAAAGAGGCUUGCCUGAUCAGUCUGCGCGCCUGGAGCCAGUUGGCCAGAUUCGUUGUUGCCAACGGCGAAGCGACCACCUCCAUGAAGCCAUUCAACCAAUGGCGUGACAGACUUUUUACACAGAUGAUGCAACAAUACGACACCAUAGCCUCUGAUAUCCAGCAGCAGUUCCUCGGGCUCUCCAACGAUGUGAGCAAGUCUGUCAGCCCCGACAUGAUCAGUGCGAUGGUCAAGCUCAACAAGACCGCCGUGGCCGACGUGGUACACGUUUCGCUAUCGACUUCGUUGGACGUUAUGAAGCAUGCCCAAAAUCUCGAGGCGGCAACCUUUGCCUUGAACACGCAGCAGCUGCAGCGUAUACUGCAGCAUUUCUCCUCGCCGCGGCCCGAGUUCGAUUGGAGCAUGCUGAGGACAGCGCUCUUGACACUGGACGUAUUCCUUAGCCGUGUCGACGAUUUCAAAGACGCGGAAGAAAGCCAACAAAGCGAAAGCCAGCUUCUGAACUCUGCACAAGCCGAUGAUGCUCUGCUAUCUCUCGAUCAUGACUUGGCAAGCAACUUCUUCCAGAUGGCUCGACGAGUUCUUGUUCUGAACCCGGAUACGGAGCAAAGCUGCUCGGCUUCCGUGGAUAUGGUAGCUUGCAUCGAGCAUGUCGUCAAACUCAGUGCCAGAAUGGGCAUGCGCUUCAUCAACGCAGGCGUCAUGACUUUUGAUUCCAUGUUCAAGCCAGGCAAACACCGUUUGUUCCAAGACAGGCCUCACUUACUUGGCUUCAGCCAGCGCAGGUAUCUCACGCUCCUUGUCGAAACGCUGGUCGAGCGUAGUUUUGACGGUUUCUGCGAGGAUGGCCUGAGCUUAUGUGAGCUCUGGGUGCUGGCUAUCGUGAAGCCAUCCGAAGCUCUGGCCUAUGAGAAUCGGCUGGCCCAGCGACUGAUCCGUCAAGGUGAGCCCUUCGUCCCAGAGGCUGCCCAAGGCUUGAGCAUCAGCCCUGGUUAUCGCACCAACCGGGACAUGUUCGAAUUUGCCAUUUCGUGGAUGCGCAAGGCGAUCAGGGACGCAGGCCCCAGUCAGAAGCGCGCCCUGCAGGCUGAGCACUCACGCAUUCUGAAGCUGGCCAUGGAGCAAAUGAGGAGAGACCUGGGCAGUAUGCAUGGUGACUCAAGCCAGCAUCGCGACUACAUCAAGUUUGUUCGCGAGUGCAUCGAACUCAUCAAAGCCCACGGCACCGACAUCUGCACAGUGGAUGACUUUUUCUACCAGAUCAGCAAAGACUACUCGCCAUCGGAGCAUGACCCGCAGCUCCAGGUAGCGGCCAUUGUGUCUUACGGAUUGCGUCUCGCAGAAGGCGAGAGCCGAGCCGCACAUGAGCUCUUCUACUUCCUCGUCAACAACUUCAAGGUCGCAUUGAUGAAAGGUGAUCUUGCCAAAGAGGUGGACAUGAUAGCAAAAGGAAUGCGCCAUCCCGGCAUUUCGCGCUUUGUCGUCGGCGCGAUGCUUCCAGCCAUUCUACGGGCUGCUUUUGUGGAAAGCAGGGCGUACCCAAUGCUGGAUGUGUAUGCCCACGCAAUCUGCCAGUAUCUGAAUGAGGAGCCAGUACCGAGGGUGUUAGACGAGACUCAUCUUCCUCAGAUACGGGCCUUGGUCCAGGCUGUUGUUGAAGCCUCGCCAGGCUCGCAGACUACAGAGCGUCUACACAUAUUGGUCCAAGCUUUGAGCGUCUUGAAUCUCCUAUGGCCUACUUUCAAAAUGUUCACCCUUGGCAAAGUGCGUUCGACUGCAUGGGAAGCUAUUUGCGCCUUGCUCGAGACUAUGCAAACCAACCUACAAGAGGCCGACUUAACAACUGGCGCCUUCGGGGGCCACGGACCGCGGGAGCACUUGAGUGACGCGGGACCCGCGCGCUCUUUGAUAUCAAACUUUACCACGAGCAUCGUCGACGAUGUCAGGGGGUCGUGGGUUGUUUCCAGCGAUAACAUGCUUAUGAUACAGGCCCCCAGUCGGGGUACACAGACACAGUCAGGCAUUGGAAUCCGGCAAGCGACUCUUGUUGCUGGGGAGGUUGCAGAGAUAUUGGGGGAAGUAGUGAAGAACUGGAAGCAUCAGUGGCAAGACGUCCUUGGGGACACCAGCAGACAUCGGACUAGGGCGUUCGAAGUGCCAUUGUUCUAGAGUAGAAACGAAUGUUAUGAGAAAUGAUUCACGAAGCUACUGCGGCC